UCGCUUCGAUUUUUUCCGCAUGCUGUCAUGUUACUUCACCACUGUGGGGUUCUAUUUUAGUACUAUGAUAACUGUUCUUGUGGUAUACGUAUUUUUGUAUGGUCGCCUCUAUCUUGUUCUCAGUGGACUUGAGAAUGGUUUGAUUUCCCACCCAGCUAUACGGGAUAAUAAACCUCUUCAAGUUGCUCUUGCCUCUCAGUCUUUUGUGCAGAUUGGACUUUUAAUGGCAUUGCCGAUGAUGAUGGAGAUAGGCCUUGAAAGGGGUUUCCGCACUGCCUUGACUGAUUUUGUGAAGGGAAUUGAAUUGAUGAUUCUAGCUCUUGUAUACCACAUAUUUGGUAAACCAUAUAGAGAUGUUGCUUACAUCCUGGUAACUAUGUCAAUAUGGUUCCUGGUGGGAACAUGGCUAUUUGCUCCUUUCUUGUUCAACCCGUCGGGAUUUGAGUGGCAAAAGAUUCUUGAUGAUUGGACAGAUUGGAAUAAAUGGAUUCACAACCAGGGUGGGAUCGGUGUGCCACCAGCGAAAGAAGCACUAUGA